GAAGACGAAGGGGCAACUAACACAAGAACCUCUAUUUCUGUGGCCAUAAUCUACUUCAAGCUCCGACAGAUCGACAGCAAGAUUCACAACAAAAUCUAUAGAGUGGAUAUUCCAUUUGAAGAUAUCCCCAGACAGAUAAUAGCGGAGAUCCAAGGGAAGAUGAAGCAUUGGCUUGAUAGCCUACCUUCAUAUUUGACCAAGCGUGAGUGUGACUACUGCCUUUAUUUGUAUAACAAACAAAUCAGGUCCUUGAUUGUUCCGUUCAUGAAUAGGCUUGAGGCGAACGACCCGCUUUUCAUUGAGUGUAUCAAGAGUUCCAUCAAUAUCUGCAAGUUGAACAGAAGAAUCCACGAUAGCCGUAGCUCUCGGCACAGGCUUUCAAUUGUAUCUCUUCAGACCAUAUUUUUGAGUGGAGUAACGAUCAUAUAUGGGUUGUUUUCCAGGAAAGUAAUAUGGGACUUUGAUGUAAGUGAAGGUCUCCGGAGCUGCUCUUCGACGUUGGUGCUAUUGGCUGAAAGAUGUCCGAGUUGCUCACAGUACCGAGACGCGUUUGAAAAGUUGUUCGAGCAAGUUAGUCAUGCAAGGAGCUUACAGCAAGGACUGUUGACAUCCGAUUACGAAAGACCAAUAGGGGGACUACUGAGUUUGACUGACUCCUCUGACAUGUUUGGACAGGACCAGUUUAUCAAAGAGGCCAAUAAAAGACACUUUAUUGACAAUAUGAAGACGUUUAACACUUUGGCCAACCUGGAGUACAUUCAAGAAGAAAACUUCGAUGUGCUAUUCGAUUUCUCUGACGUCGACACGAUCUUCAGGCGACUAGGAAACUUGAACAACAAUCAUUCCGGUCUCGGGAUUGAUCUUUAGCUGUUUAGUCAAUUUAUUUCACCCUUAUAUUA